AUGAUUGAUAAUCUUUCUGACCCUCGUUCAUCCUCAACUAGUCCCAUAAGAACCAUAUCAGAUGAUCUGAUUCAUAAUCCGAAAAGAUUGAGAAAUAUUAAAUUGCAAGUGGGGACUUUGAACAAUUUUCUAAUAUCUAACUUUUCAAAAACCAUCAUAUCAAAAUAUGGGAUUUUAUUAAUAGACCCAUUAAAUAUGGACAUGAGUCAUAUCCAUCUCACCGCAGCACACCAUACGAAAAUAACUACAUUUUUUGUUACAAUGUUAAAGAGAACAAGAUCUUCCAGAUUACAAUUUAAAAAAAUAUGUUGUAUUGUAUUGAAAUUCUUAGAUUGUUGUACCAAAGAGGCAAACUAUAUGAAAUUUUUAAAAUAUAAUUUACAAAAAUUAAUAGUUGCAUCAUUUGUCCUAAGUGUUCCCAACGUUGAAGGGGAUGAAGCCACAAGGAUACAAAGAAGAGAAGCAUGUUAUGAUUUAUUUGCAAGAAUGACUGGAUUAUCUAAAAUGGAUAUCAUAAAUUGUUGUUCCAUAGUUCGAUCUAUAAUAAUCCGGCGGAGCAGACAACAAAUGAAAGCAACGAACUCAUCUUUUCACAUGAACCAACACAUACUUAAUUCAUUUUCAAGGGAUUCACCUACUCGUGACAUGUUUCAUAAUGAAGUAAGUCCAUUUCCUCAUCAUCAUGAACCACAAAUGUCUGAUCCACCCGCACAUAUAAAUCCUAGACAAUUGAGCUCAUCAUCGUCGUCGUCGUCUGUGUCAUAUAUUAAUAGUGCUUGUGGAUCUGAAGAAGGAAAUGAUGAUGAAACUUACGGAAGUAAUGGAUAUAUCCUAUCCGCAGAGUUGGAACAGUUCAAUCUCACAGGGAAGACACUCGUGUAUGAAAAUUUCCGGAUCAUAUAG